AUGACGUCGGAGUUGUCGUCCGAUGAAUCGGUAAACGAGCUGAAAACGAUCCGACUCGCGAAUCAAGUGUCGACACCAGAAACCUAUAUCGAGAAAUUUGCGGCCAUGGAAAAGAUCUCGGAAAUUACAUUUAGCGGCAUAAUGGAAGCCAAUUAUCGGCAAAUGGAGACGAGUUAUAAGGAAACGAAAGAACGGCUGAAUAUGAUCAGUUCGGAAAAUGAAACUUUUAAGCGUGUUGCACGGUCUUUGUUGUGUGAUGUUCAGGCGUGCACGGACGAUGACAACGAUCAAUUAUUGUCAGACGUUAAGGAUUGCUUUGAGGCCCUGGAAGUAAGUCGUUGGUAAAAAAAAUACACCUAUAUAUUAUAUUAGGCUAUGACCUAUUUCGUAUAGUAAUUAAUUAUUUAUUUAUUUAUUGUUAAUUUAAAGGGGAUAAAGCCCAAUACAUAUUGAAUACAAACGUGUAAUAAUAAUAAUAAUAAUAAUAAGAUGAAUUAAGAAAUUAUAGAAUUGAAAAAUACGUAAAAAUAAUAGUAAAAUUAAUAAAUAAAUAUAAUAAAAAAACAUAACUACUGAUACUACAUAAUAAUAUAAUUACAAAAAGACUUAAUAAAAUUAAAAUUAAUAGCUCAAUUUGGGUAUCAUUAGCUAAUUUCGUGGAUUUAAUUAAAGAAUCAUUUAUAGCAUAGUUAAUGUUUUACGAUUGUGUAUGAAAAGUAGAUCUAGUUUGUCGUUGAAGGAUAUAAAAAUGUAUAGAAUUAAGCAAUUUUGAACAGACUACGUAGCCAUUGAUCAAUCUUAACAAAAAUUAAUUCCAAACAUUUUUCUUCGGACAGCAAGGCUUCUCAUAUUUAGUGUGUCUAAUAAUGAAUUAUAUGAUAAAUGAGGUAGAUGUGGAAUACUACAUUUGUAAGACAUAAAACGAAAGAAGCGAUUCUGAAUAGAUUUAAGGCAUUACAUAUGCAUAUUAUGAGAAGGUGACUAAACUAUAUAAAGAAAAAUAUAAAGUUUUUAGGGUAAUAGAAUUUUUAAUCAAAUGUGAUUUGACUGUUAAAUAUGCGACUACUUCUUUUGGUCAGCGUUUUGUAGACUAUCAGGGUCCAACUUCUUUCAACUCUAUGCCCUGUGACUUUAAAAAAAAAUACUUGGUAGUGACAUUGUAAAUAUUAAAGAUUUAACAUACAAAUAUUUAUUCUUUGAAUUAGACAAGAAUUUACGGUAAUAUAACCCAAUUUUAUUUCAUUAUUUUUUAUUUAUUGUACCUAUAGCACAUAUUUUUGAUUUAUUUUAAUUUAUUUGAAUUAACAUUGUUAUUUAGAAAAUAAGCUAGUUUAUAUAUUUCCAGAGUUGUUUCAAGAUGUAUUUAAACAUUUAAUUUUUUUAAAUUGAAAUAUAUUUACACUAUGUUUUUAUUUAUUAUAUAUGUACAGAUUUAGUAGUAAUCAUAGCUCUUUAUCUCCAACACAAGCUGCAUAAGCUUACAGGAGGUAAGUUAAUCAAUUCUAUAACAAAUUUAAUUUUGAUGUAUAUUAAAUGUUUUAUUUUUGAUAUCUUAAUAAAAAACAAAAAUUAAAAAAAUAGGGUUUGAAAAAUCCUUACAUAUCCUAGAAAUAAAUCUGAGAAUGGACGAUGAUUUUUUUGAAAUGUUUUAAUAAUGCAUAUAUGAGUCGUGUCAAACACUUAAACCUAAUACCUUAAUCAUGAUUUUCAACCACUUGGCGAAGUAGAAUAUUAUUUAAAUAAUUGUUGUGAAUAACUGGAGCCAAUGGUAUGCUGAAGUAGGUUUUUUUGAGGCGAUUAUCUCAUGAGUAAAAUGAGUCAGUGGAUGGGUGACCAAAUAUGUUGAACGUCGAUUAAGAUACUUCAGAGAUCAGAAAUGCCUUUAGUUGUGUGUAUUAUGGAUAUUAUUAAUAUACUUUGAGUGGGUUGCAGUGGGUACAGGGUUCUAAUUUUUUUAUUAGAAGAAUUAUCAGCACGCUACUAACUGGAGCACGUUACCUGGAAAAAGACAUAACUUUGCACUUUUUAAUGUUUAAAAUAUGAAAAUAAAUAAAAUACAAAAUAUAAAUAUUUUAAACAAUUAUAUAUUUAAUUAAAUAUAUUAAUACAAACAAAGUCUGUCUGUUUUGAAACAUGCCGUAUAAACGUCGUAUUAUUUCCGUAUUAUUUUUAAACUAGAUAUUUUUAUUCGAGAUACCCGUCAUAUAUCCGUUAACUAGCCAUGUUGGAUGUUAAAAUUAUAGUUGAUAAAAUCAUACAUAUGAAAUCGCGUCAAGACAUUGGCGUCAUUUGAGCAGGCGAGGUUAGAUUAGGUUAAGUAAUAUCAUUACAUGCCACCAAAUAUAAUGCUAAUUUAGAGAGUCCGGCUUUAUAUGCUUAAAUAUUAUACAUAUUGAUAGGUAAAUAUGUAUGGAUAAUAUCCAUUGGAUAUCUAGGAAAAUAAAAUCUGUACAAAAUUGUACAGCGUUAUGAUUGAUUCAUUACGAGAGGGUGAAACAAUAAUAAUCUAGGCUUUGCUAUCAAGACUCAGUAUACGACAUUUGGGUUUUCAAAAAAUCAAUUCUGAGCGAAAUUAGGUUGAUAGUGAGGCUUUGUCAAAAAUAUACGUAUAUAUAUAAUAUAACGUAUAUGUCGUAUUAUGGUAAAAUAAUUACAAUAUACGCAUUAUUGUAUUAUAUAAUAUAAUAAUAUGAUAAGAUAAUUCAAUUCAAUAUUGAAAAUAUUCAAAAUUGCUAUUAUUGCUAGGUUUUGGUGUCGUUGGCCCCACAAAACCGAUUUUGAGCGGAGUUUGGUUAUACAUGUUUUGAAAGGCCGGUAAUAUUUAUGAUUUUCGUUAAAUUUUGAUUUUAAAACUAAUAAAAAAAAAAUAUACAUUGCAAUAUACAUAUUCAAUUUUUUUCGACCACUAAGUACAUAUUAUAAAGAAUCUUCUGCUAAAUUGUCAAGCAUUUCUGUUUGGUAUAACCAUUUGAUCCACAAAGUAGGUAAUUACUGAACAAAAAUUACUUAAAAAACUCACAAAAUUAAAAUGUCUAUUAGUAAAUAUUUCAAAAAUAGAUAAAAAUGUUUUAAAAAUACGACGUUUAGAAAAGGCAAAUAUAAGUUUUCUGUCCAAAUUUCAAUUCUCUAUGAAUAUUUUUAACUGAAUAAAAAAAAAAAACGUUUUUUGCCAUUUAUUAUGAAAACAGUUGAGAAAAUCAAAAAAUAACCUUCCUUAAGUACCUACCACCUCAGUCAGAUUUCCUUUCAGAAAAUAUGGUGUAUUUGAAAAUCAGAGUGAAAUUGCAAGUAGAUAAGUUGUCCACAAAAAAAAAAAAAUAAACAUAAACAUCAUUGUAAAAACCAAUACAUUCCUCGCUCCGCUCAGAAUCUAAAAAUGGACAAAACUGGGUACACCCGUUUGGCGUUUAUCGAACAUCAAUUCUAUCAAUUUUAUACAUCUUUUAAUAAUUUUCGAGAAAAUCCUGAAUAAUUCUAUUAUAGUUUCUGAAUGAGUGUAAAAUCAUUUGACAAGUUGGGUGUACAAUUUGCAUAGUAUGUUUCAACGGCGAUAUCCCAAAUUUCCGUUUAAUAGGUUGGUAGAUAAGCGGUCGCAACAAUAGCAACUGAGGACCUAUGCGUCUUGGGUUUCCGGAGGCUGCCGUGCAGCAUCUUCGAUCUAGUGGCGUCUUCAAAAUCCGUCGUGGCCCUCGAGCGUUUUGCACACGCUAUUUUCCCCAGAGGGAACAACAUUAAAUGUGUUAAUGUAACGCGAACAAGUGUUAAGUCCACUUAGACCGUGACAUCAAAUUUGAUGAAAGACAGCCGUAACCAGUUGGCCAGCUGGAUAGUUAGACCUUUAGAAAGGGUUUAGUGUCUUUGACCGUUACAAGCCUUCCUACGAGAAAACACGCGAUAACAGCCGUGGGCGGUAAAUAAGCGAUAAACCGUUUAGGUAAUCGUCCACAGGGUGAUUUUGGUGCGGCCAGCGUGUACGUUCGCGCAUACUGCCCGUUCGGUUCGGCGGCGGGGUAACCCCAAAUAAUAGGUGGUAAUAUACCGUUUACAAAUUACUAAUUUACUAUAAAAACUGCAGAAGUGCGGUCAGGGACUGGCGGACAAAUUGCUUGCGUACAAAGUGCGGGAGACUGAGGUGAACGAACAACUGGAAAAAGCGGAGGAGCGUUUGGCACAGAAUUUAGAGGAGGAGAUACGUUUAAAGACGCAAUUCAAGACGUUGCAGGCGUCGCGCACGGCGACGCAGCGUGACUGCGGCGCGUACGAGAAGAGCUUACGGGAUGAUUCGAAGCGGCUGACGACCGAGAUGGACGAGGCCCUAGUCAACUUGUUGAACGAACAGAAGGCGUUAGAAGAACUGAACAAAGUGGCACAAGAAAUAGCGUUCGGGUUCGGGACGUACGUGAAAGACACAAUAGCGCGGACGAAAGAGUUGCACGGGAACAACAUUGAACUGAGGACCAAGUUGGAGGCGUCUAGAGCGAUUGAAAGAGAGUUACGUGCAAAACUGCGCGCCAAAGGUUGUAGUAAGUCGCAGUGCGUGGAUGAUUCCUCGCAGACGACGUGUUCGUGGUCCACGGACGACGACUGCCGUGAUGGGCCAUCCAGAAAACCUAACCAACAAUGCGACUUUUUUGUCAAGCUGUCAAACGAGCGGGAUGACGAACAGGAGACGGAUAUCAUAUAA